AUGCUAUUUUUAACAUCCGAAAAUGUAACACAGGCAGAUGAAACAAUGGACUUGAAGAAAACAGUCUUGUGGAAAACUUGGGGUACUGGGCUUGCUGUCAUAACGAUUACAGCAUUUGGGCCCGCAAUUUGCAUAACUUUUGUACCAUUUCUUAAUAAAAAAAUCUACCAAUAUUUUAUGACUUUUCUGGUAGCUUUGGGCAUUGGUACACUUUCAGGCUCAACAUUGUUUGUACUUAUUCCAGGAGCAUUUGGAUUGAAUUUCACGAAAUCAAAUUACGAUCUUAUGAAAAUGUCAAUAUUACUUGUAUCACUAUAUGCAUAUUUUCUAGUCGAUCGACUUGUAGCCUACGCUAUACACUUCCGAAAGAUGCGAUCGAAAGGACCUAAAAUCCAUCAAGCAACGAUAGAUAGGAUUGAAGCGAAGUGUAAAAGUGAAGCAAGUACAACACAUAACAGUAAUCCCGCGGUAUCACAGAUCUUGAUAAGCAGCAGUAAAAAUAAGGAAAACGACCUUGAAUAUUUCUUGAUUGAUAAUAAACGCUUAAAGAAUGAAAAUGGCACAGUAAGUGCCGUGUCACAGCUGAAAAAAGAUAUGUGUAAAUUACGAGAAACAACCUCUAUUUCUCCUAAGAUUGCAGCAGCAGACGAACAGGUUUCAGUGAAUGUUGAGGUGUUGGAGGAAAAGGUUUUAGAUCCAUACAACUUGGAUUUCGCUGCAGUCGCUUGGAUGAUAAUUUUUGGCUCUUCUGCAAAUAAUUUUGUUGAUGGAAUUAGCAUCGGUGCUGCAUUCAUGGAUUCUUUUCCUCAAGGUCUAAGUGUCGGAAUUGCAGUGAUUGCGCAGCAGUUACCUCAGGACAUUGGAUCCUUGGCAAUUAUGAUCCAGUCAGGAGUUGGAUUCAAACGAGUUCUUUUAUUAAGCCUAAUUCCAAAUAUGCUUAGUUAUCUUGGUUUUAUUUUGGGUAUUCUUCUCGGUAACAUGGAGGAUUCACACAUAGAUUAUGUGUAUGCUGUGUCCUCCGGCAUGUAUCUUUAUAUAUUUUUAGGUACUUUGAUUCCGGAAAUCCGCGAUUUGGCAAACGAACAAAUAAAAGUGGAUUUGAGUGCAAGCAUUCGGUCGACAAUUUUGCAAACUGCUGGCAUAGCUAUCGGAGCAAUCUUUAUGUAUUUCAUGUCUAAACAUGGAAAAAAUUUCAAAUAA